GUUAAACUCUCUCUCAUGCUCUCUUCUAUCGACUGUUUCGGCAUUUGAUCUCUCCCUCUCUCUUUUGAAGGUUUCUAGUUAAUACUCUUUAAUGGGUAAGGAGAAGUCUCACAUUAACAUUGUGGUUAUUGGCCAUGUUGACUCUGGAAAGUCAACCACCACCGGUCAUUUGAUCUACAAGCUUGGAGGUAUUGACAAACGUGUCAUUGAGAGGUUUGAGAAGGAAGCUGCUGAGAUGAACAAGAGGUCAUUCAAGUAUGCCUGGGUGCUUGACAAGUUGAAAGCUGAGCGUGAGCGUGGUAUCACCAUUGAUAUUGCCUUGUGGAAGUUUGAGACAACCAAGUACUACUGUACUGUUAUUGAUGCCCCUGGUCAUCGUGACUUUAUCAAGAACAUGAUUACGGGUACAUCUCAAGCUGACUGUGCUGUCCUUAUUAUUGACUCCACCACUGGUGGUUUUGAAGCUGGUAUUUCCAAGGAUGGACAGACACGUGAGCAUGCUCUCCUUGCCUUCACUCUUGGUGUCAAGCAAAUGAUUUGCUGCUGCAACAAGAUGGAUGCGACAACCCCCAAGUACUCGAAGGCAAGGUAUGAUGAAAUUAUUAAGGAAGUUUCUUCCUACCUGAAGAAGGUUGGUUACAACCCUGAGAAGAUUCCAUUUGUCCCCAUCUCUGGUUUUGAGGGUGACAAUAUGAUUGAUAGAUCCACCAACCUGGAUUGGUACAAGGGUCCAACCCUCCUUGAGGCUCUUGACCAGAUCAAUGAGCCCAAGAGACCCUCUGACAAGCCCCUCCGACUCCCACUUCAGGAUGUCUACAAGAUUGGUGGUAUUGGAACUGUCCCAGUGGGUCGUGUUGAAACUGGUGUCCUCAAACCUGGAAUGGUUGUUACAUUCGGACCUUCUGGAUUGACCACUGAAGUGAAGUCUGUUGAGAUGCAUCAUGAAGCACUUCAAGAGGCUCUUCCCGGUGACAAUGUCGGGUUCAAUGUGAAAAAUGUUGCUGUCAAGGAUCUCAAGCGAGGAUACGUUGCCUCGAACUCCAAGGAUGAUCCUGCCAAGGAGGCAGCCAACUUCACUUCCCAAGUUAUCAUCAUGAACCACCCAGGGCAGAUCGGAAAUGGUUAUGCACCUGUCCUCGAUUGCCACACCUCCCACAUUGCUGUCAAGUUCGCCGAACUCCUGACCAAGAUCGACAGGCGAUCUGGUAAGGAGCUUGAGAAGGAGCCCAAGUUCUUGAAGAAUGGUGAUGCUGGUAUGAUCAAGAUGGUUCCAACCAAGCCCAUGGUUGUGGAAACUUUCGCCACAUACCCUCCGCUCGGACGUUUUGCCGUUAGGGACAUGAGACAGACUGUUGCUGUUGGUGUCAUAAAGAAUGUAGAGAAGAAAGACCCAACCGGAGCCAAGGUGACCAAAUCUGCAGUUAAGAAAAAGUGAACCUCGAGGGUUUUGGUCGAUUCAACGAAAGUUUAUCAUGGUUAUCACAAUAAAACAUCGGUUCAAGUUGGUAGGAGCAUCAUGCGAUGCUUAGUUACAUAUUUUGAUGGUUUAGUUGGGUGUUUUGAUUGUUCACCGUCAUGUCGAGGAUAUUGUUCGCAGAACUGGGUUCUUGAUAGGCGGUGGAGAGGUUUCAUCUUCAGAGUCCAUAGUCUUCUUUAAUAUUUUAAAUGUUUUUUUCGAGUUUUAUAAAACUACAAUGAUGUCUAGCCCUGGUCUGUUCUUGGGCUUUUUUAUUGAAUCAAUGACAUCUAAACGUUUUAUAUCAUAUCCUAGUCCACUAGUUGUUUUAUU